AUGUUUAAUCGUGAAGAAAUGGAAAUCGUCCGAAUGGCUUUUGAUAGGGAAUUUCAAGACCCAAGUGAUCUUUUGAAAAGGUUCAAGGAUUUCAUAAAUGAAUGUUUAUAUAAUUACAGAAAGACAGGAAAUUAUUACGCUCCGUACACGACCUUAAUUCAAGCUAGUGGCGUAGGAAAAUCAAAAUUAUUAAAGAAAACUGCAGAAGACAUUAGAACCAUAUACUGCUGUUUUCGUGACCAAAAUUCAAGUGGCUAUCCACCAAGAUCAUAUAUUGCCGAUGUACUAUUAUCUAAGUUUAGAGAUGAAAAUGAUGCUUUAUCCACCUACCUUGCUUAUUUUUGCGCAUGUGCUCGAAAAUCACAGGAAUUCAAAGAUUCAAAGGAAUGGUUCGAAGAGCAUACUUCUGAAGAUUUGCAGGAGGUUUUCUGGAAGGACGUUGAACGUAGAAUGAAUGAUAUUAAAAAAAUACUGUUAGAUGAGCCUAAGGAAGACGAAAAAAAAGCUAAGGCAGUUAAGGAAUACUUUGAUAAAAUGAAAAAUGAAAAUAUAUUGACGCAAGACAAUACAGUUAGAUGUCUAUUCGCGUUUGAUGAGGCCCGUAUUCUGGUCGAUCAAUCUGGUAAUGAAAGCCUAUUCUAUUAUCUUCGCCUUGCUUUAAAACUUUUACCCGAAGAUGCAGGAAUUUUUGCUGUAUUUACGGAUACAACUUCAAAUAUUUCGAACUUCUCACCUGCCUCCACAUAUGAUCGGUCACAAAGAAUCUCUAGCGGAAGAUUUCAAUUAUUUAAACCGUUUUACUUGAUAGACACCAUAGACAUAAACGCUGAUCUUAAAAAAGUGUCAACAUUGAAAGAUUCUGAACAUCCACAAUGUUUCUUUAUGUAUGGAAGGCCCUUGUGGAGUUCACUAAUGUCGCCUUCGCUUGGUGAUACUAAAGGAUUUGUACCACAUAGUAUUAUUAAUUUAGCCAUGGAUAAGCUUGUCGGUGGAAUGACUUACACUUCUUGGAAAAAAAAACAUAAAAAUCGUAUCAGCAUCGUGGAAGCAUUGGCCAUCUUAGGACCCCGUUUAUGUAUAGACAUUGUACCACAGUCCGAAUAUGCACCUAGUUUGGUGUCAAAUUUUAUGCGUUAUUGCAUUAAUAUCUCAGAUGAUCGUAAAAAUAUCACUACAUCGAUGUCUACUGAACCUGUACUAGCAGAAGCGUCUGCUCAAAUAAUGAACGAUCCAGACAUUAAACUUAUAGAAAUUAUUAAUGAACUUAUCUCGUCGCUUCAAGACGGUGGAGUAGAAGGUGAAUAUCGUGGAGAGCUUGUUGCUAGAUUAUUAUUACUUAAAGCGUGGGAUGACGUUUAUAAGAAAUUGGAUACACCCUCUACUAGAAUUCAUUAUUCUCGUUUUAUGACUUUAAGUGAUUUUUUAAAAUCGUUACUAGCGGAAAAUGCGUACGACAAAAUAUCAUCUCGCCUUCAAGAGCGGGUAACGUUUACGGGAACGGAGUUUGGCCAAGCAUAUAUUAAGUUUACACACUUUAUCAGUAUUACGUAUACGCCGGAUAGGAAGGAUCUCUUGAACGCUCUGAUCCGUGGGGUUGCGUUUUCAUGUAAACGAUAUCAGAAAGGAGUAGAUAUUAUUAUACCUAUGUAUAUAGGAACUCUUAAUGAAGAACCUAACGAGGAUCGAAUUUCGUACAUACUAAUCCAAGUUAAAAAUUUGACCAAAUACGUAAAAGGUGGGGGUUAUCUAAAAUCCGCAACAAAUGAUUUGUCACCAGCAAGUGCAGAUAUCGAAAACCUUCCGCAUAUGCCAUUUUUAUCGUUGUACAUGCAGUUGGGGUCAUCAAAGGAGUUUUCUGAAGAUCCAUCUAGAAUAAUUGAAACAAAAAGGGCAGGUAGUCGGAAACGUAAACUUGAAGAAGCUUUGAAUGAUUACAGUAUAGAUUGUAAUGAUACGAGAGAUGGAUUUCUUAAAAGGAUCAGAACUAAGCUAAAUGAAGAUGUUAAAAAUUCCAAGAGUGUUGUAGAUAAUGUUUCAGAUGCUGAUACUAAGGUAUUCCGGAAGUAUUUUCAAGUACCACUUGCAAUAUUUGGAUUGUCAUCAGAAGUUUACAGUUGUUUAAAACAGGCUGCAACAUCUACUUCAGUUAAUAAUGGAGAUCUCGAACGUAGCUUUAAACAAUUAUCGACUGCUUGGGUUGACCCUACACUGGGGGGAGAUUUAAAAAAUGCUGAAGUAAUUAAGCGCAUGAUUCCAAUGGAAUAUAAGAUAGAGGAGUAA